UCUCCUAAUGCAGUCCUGAAGAAGGAAUCUGAAAAAUCUGCAUAUUGAGAUGAAUCAAAUGCCUGUGAAGGAAUUAAGUGGAGCAACUGCCGGAAGUCAAGUUUUGCUUCCUUGUGAAAUCUGUGGAAGGCACUUUAAACAAGAUGUUCUGAUGAGGCAUUCCCCAAUAUGCCAGAAAGUCUUCAGCAAGAAACGCAAGCCUUUCAAUUCCUUGAAACAGAGACUGCAAGGAACUGAAAUUACCACUGUGAAGAAACAGCCACAACCAAAGAAUCAAGUGCAAAAGAAAUCUAACUGGAGACAGCAUCAUGAGGACUUCAUGAAUGCUAUUCAGUCAGCCAAGGAAGUCACAAAAGCCAUGAAAGAGGGUCGCCCUCUUCCCCCACCGCCCCCUCCAAGCAUCAAUCCAGACUAUAUUCAGUGUCCUUACUGCUCAAGAAGGUUUAAUGAGGCUGCAGCAGGGAGACACAUUAAUUUCUGCAAAGAACAAUCUACCCGACGUACCUUUUCACCAAGUACAAAAGCGGCCAAACCAGCCCUGGGCAAACAACAAAAGAGAGAACCAGCUUUAACAACUGCUGUGGACUCACUGCUUCAGAACAAAGUACAAGAAGCUGCCAAUGCAAAUCAGUUGAGGGCAGGAGCUAUUGUGGAGCCUUCUGCUGGAAUUCCACAGAAAACCAAAAAAAUGAGUACAUCCUCUGGAAAAAACUAGUCCAGCAGAUUUAGGGCAGCCGAUGCAGAGCAGAAAGUAAAGUGGUAGGUCACCAAGGACUUGGUAUGGCUUUACUUCUAUAACAUCACUCCUGAAGAUCCUAGGAAGCUGUUCCAUCUGUAUUCCAAGCAUUGCAGAGCUUAAGACAUGGAAGAAGCCUGUGUGAUAACAAUGACAAUAAAAUAAGCAAAACACA